GUAUAUGUUUAAUAUUUCGUAAUUUUUCAUAAUUCGAUCGUUCUUCCAAGCACAUCAAAAUCCAAUCCAGCUUCUUUUCUUCAAGCAAAUCCUUGAGCAUUUGAAACUCAUUUGGCAUAUUCAUAAAUUUUUUAACUGUCUUCAAAACUUGAUGAAGAAAUAUGCCAUCCACUUUUGAAAUGUCAUGGAUUUCUUUCCCGCUAGCCUUCGAUGUCGUAUUGAUCUUGUUUUGAACAUACUCUCUGGAAUGAGUUCAUGAAAAUUGUAACUGCCUCUGCCAAACGAUCUUUAUUCACCUUCUUAGACAUUGAACCUGUUUACGUGCUCAUUCCUUUGGUCAUCAUCUCAUCCAUGGAUAGAGAAUAAAUGGAGUAAUGGAGUAAUGGUUAAGAUUAGAGGUAAAGUUAUAAUCUAGAGUUUUGGAUAUCUGGGCUAUAUUAAUGGGCUGGGAGUCCCUUCUAUCCACGGAAGAGUCACAAAUGACAUGUUUGGUGCUAUUCUUGAUAGACUAGAUACAAAAUUGGAAGGCUGGAGAACCAAGCUCUUAACAAUGGCCGGUCGUAGAAUUCUCGCCCAGUCCGCACUUACCACCAUUCCUUACUAUGCCAUGCAAUCAACGAUGCUACCGACAGGGGUUUUGGAAGCUAUUGAUAGAAAAGUGAGGGGCUUUCUAUGGGGCAGCACAAGUGAUAACCGUAGGUGCCACCUUGUAAACUGGGAACAAGUCACAAAGCCAAAAGAAUUGGGUGGCCUGGGGAUCAAAACUGCCAAGGAAAUGAAUCAAGCCUUCAUUGCUAAACUUGGUUGGAGACUACUCAGUGAAGGAGAAUCUCUUUGGUCCAAAAUCUUGAUUGCUAAAUAUGCUAAAGGGAAAGGUGGGAAAAAUAUUUUUGGGUACAGGAAGGGAGCAUCUAAUGCCUGGAGAGGAAUCAUGACAGUUAUGCCUCUGAUUGAAGCUGACAUUCACUGUCGCGUUCAUAAUGGGCAAAUGACGAGGUUCUGGCUUGACACUUGGAUCGGUGAAAAACCACUUUGCGAUUUGGUGCAAGAGUUUGGCAGCGGACAUGAUCCGCAUGCCACUGUUGCUGAACUUUGGAAUGGCUCUCGUGGGUGGAGUUGGGAGAAAAUUCCAAACCUCCCACCUAACAUUAUUUCUUUUAUGCAGUGCCGGGUUAUGGAGUUGGACACUAACACCCCUGAUGAAUUCUACUGGAAGCACGAUCCUACAGGUAAGUUUUCAAUUAAGUCGGCUUAUAAUCUAAUUAGGAGAUUUGCUAACAAUGUGCAGGAAGAAGUGUGGUCUAUGAUUUGGAAGAUUAAAGUGCCAAGUAAGAUGAAGCUUCUUUUGUGGACUAUCUGCCAUGAGAAGGUGAUGGGAAAUGCCGAGCGAAAGAAAAGAAGACUCACUUCGGAUAGCUCUUGCCCACUUUGCGGCAACGAUGAGACCACCUCUCACAUCUUUAAAACUUGCCCAAAAGCAAGACAAAUUUGGAAUUUUAUUGACAAUGGAGGUAUGGGUUGUAAUGGAGAUCACACGGAAAUGAGGAGAUGGGUUGGCGACAAUUUAAGGAAAAAGAAAGGCAGACACGACAACAAUAAUUGGGCUGCCACUUUUGCCGUCACAUGUUGGUGGAUUUGGAGGUGGCGAAACAACGUUGCCUUCGGUGGGGAUGAUCUUGACACCCAGUAUAAAGUGGCUUGGAUUAAGGGAUCAAUCGCUGAGAUUGAAAGGGCAUUCGACAAAAAUCAGGUAUCAACCCCCUCUUUGAUGAAUACAAGGGAUCCUCUACUAAAAUGGAAUCNCACGACAACAAUAAUUGGGCUGCCACUUUUGCCGUCACAUGUUGGUGGAUUUGGAGGUGGCGAAACAACGUUGCCUUCGGUGGGGAUGAUCUUGACACCCAGUAUAAAGUGGCUUGGAUUAAGGGAUCAAUCGCUGAGAUUGAAAGGGCAUUCGACAAAAAUCAGGUAUCAACCCCCUCUUUGAUGAAUACAAGGGAUCCUCUACUAAAAUGGAAUCCGGCAGUUGAUCACGAAUUCACUCUUAAUGUUGAUGGAAGCAAUAAAGUUAUGGCUAACAGGGCGGGGUGCGGCGGAGUCAUUCGCAACAAUAGAGGAGAAUGGCUUGGUGGUUUUUCCUACAGAACUAGACCAAAUAACAUUGAGGAAAUCGA